CACCCUCGCUCGAUUGUUUUAGUCUGCAGACAAAAUGGACGCGGACGGUCAGAUGUGAUCUUUAUACGCGUAUUCUUUUCUGUUUAUAUUUAUAUUUCAAAGUCACCUGACGCGAUGGGUUUGACGCAGAGUUCGGAUGUGUCCGACGGAGGAACGUAUGGAUAUCAUGUCCACGGUGUGCAACCAAAUUCUCCUGCAGAAAAAUGUGGCCUACAACCAUUCUUCGACUUCAUUUUGUCUGUGGACCACAAAAGACUUAAUGUCGAAAACAACCUGCUGAAGGAGGUCCUGAAAGCCAAUAUGGAAAAAGCGGUGAGCGUGGAAGUGUAUAGCACCAAGAGCAUGAUGGUUCGUGAGCUGGAGGUGACACCAAGUAAUAUGUGGGGAGGACAAGGCCUGCUUGGGGCCAGUGUUCGCUUCUGCAGCUUCCAAGGAGCCAAUGAGAAUGUUUGGCAUGUCCUGGACGUGGAAGCCAGUUCGCCUGCUGCACUUGCAGGCCUCCGUCCUCACACUGACUACAUUGUUGGAGCUGAUCAAGUGUUGCAAGAUUCAGAAGACUUCUUUUCGUUGAUUGAGGCUCAUGAGGGGAAGCAAGUGAAGCUGCUGGUGUACAAUGCGCUCACCGAUGACUGCAGAGAAGUGGUGGUCACCCCCAAUGGAGCAUGGGGAGGCGAGGGAAGUUUAGGUUGUGGCAUUGGGUAUGGCUACCUUCAUAGAAUCCCUGCACGUCCUGACAUAUCAACACCAAAGACCCCCGUUCCCCCUGCCCCUGAGGAGAGCCCACCUGCAGAGCUUCCUAACCACGGCUUCACAGAGGCACCCUUGAUGGCGCCUUCAAGCAAAAGUGAGGAUUUGUUAGACUUGAACCAGGUCGCCCUCCAUGAUGCUUCUCUUCCUCCACCCAUGCAGAGUGUCAUGGAUCCCGGUUUGUCUGAUUCUGAAUUGGCUGUAAUGAGCCCACUUCCUGCUGAAUUGUUUGACAAGCUGGAUCUCUCAGUGUCAUCUGUCGACAUGAACAACACCUCCCUUGCGGUGAACUAUGAGAACGAAAACGACAUCUCUGGUGUUGAGGAACUGGAUGGAAGUGAACUGCAUUGUUCCAAACAAAGUAACACUCAAGAACAGCCCGGUGUGGCCUGUGUGGAUCUCACAUCUGCUAUCAUGAGUAGUCAGUCAGAUUCUGGCGUGUCAGCAGAAGAGCCAUCUUACUUCAACUCUUCUUACUUACCGGACUCACUCUGCGAGUCAAGUCAUAGCCACAAUGCACCGCUAGGUGCACCGUUUGUAGACCAAUCUGUAAACCCAGUGGAGCCGUACAAUGAACAACCCUCUUGUCCACCUGCUACUGAUGUUCUCCCAGGUGAGUCCCAAGUGGAUAAUUCACCCACUCAGGAAAGUGAAGAUCAGUCCAAAGAUGAGAAUCAUGUUCAUGGCUGUGAGCAUGGGGACACUGGGGAUCAAGCGCAAGAGCCAAAGUCUGAAUGAGACUGCAUCAGGCCAAGUGGAGAAAGCGCAUCAGAAGGAAAAAAAAAUUAAGAUAGUGACAAUCCUCUUCUUUAUAUUCAGUGCUCAACAUUGAGUCCACCCCAACAGAUCUGUUACAAAACUAUUUUCUGUGGAACGUUUUACAAAAAAGUACUACCACAAAUGUAGUCCAUUGGCACACAGAAACCGAGCAAAGUCUAACAUUUUGGGAAAAAAAAUCUGAUUGACUACAAUUCGACAGGUUGAAAGCCAAAUUCUCAUGUUUACAGAGAAAUAGAAAAAUAUGGUUACUUUUCAAAGAUGAUGUACUCAUGUUGAGCACUACAGGUGCAUCUAAAAUUUUGAAUAUUGUGAAAUAGUAAAAUAAUAUAUAACAUUAAUGUAAAAAAUAGCCAUUCAUUUCAGAAAGUGAAACUGUUUUUACGUAGUCAUUACACAGAGUAAAACUAUUAAGCUUUCUUGUAAUUUUGAUCAUUAUAGCUUGCAGAUCAUGAAAAUUUCAAAUUCAGCAUCUCAGAGUAAUUACAGUGCCUGUGAAAGUAUUCGGCCCCCUUGAACAUUUCAACCUUUCGCCACAUUUCAGGUUUCAAACAAAGAUAUAAAAUUAUAAUUUCUUUUGUCAAGAAUCAACAACAAGUGGGACACAAUCGUGAAGUGAAACAAAAGUUUAUUGGAUAUUUUAUACUUUUUAAACAAAAAAAAAAGAAAAGUGGGGCGUGCAAUAUUAUUCAGCCCUGUCGUGGGUGUACCGGUCCCGAUGCGACGCGCACCUGCCUCAGUCAGCAGAUGCGCACACCGGUGGGUCGCCCAGUAAUUACGGCUCACAGAUAUAUGGCCACGCGUGGAGUCUGUUUUUUUUGCCAGAUCGUUGUACUUAGGUCACAUUCCCGCAACUCCUUGUCCAUGAUCUUCCUACCCCGUGUACCGAACCCCGCCUCGUUCUUGACCUUCCUCUCACAACUGCCGAUUCUGGUACUGCUGCGUCCAUGUUUUGACCCUGGACUGAAUAAAGACGCUUCCCAAACUGCUCCUAAACCUCGUGAGUCGUGCAUGGGUUCAGCCUCGAGUUUUGGUCAUGACAGGCCCCUUUACUUUCAGUGCACCAAACUCUCCAGAAGUUCAGUGAGGAUCUCUGAAUGAUCCAAUGUUGACUGAUGAUGAUAAAUAGAAUCCACCUGUGUGUAAUCAACUCUCCGUAUAAAUGCGCCUGAUCUGUGAUAGUCUCAGGGUUCCGUUUCCGUGCAGAGAGCAUCAUGAAGACUAAGGAACACACCAGGCAGGUCUGAGAUACUGUUAUAAUAUUGCAUGCACCACUUUUCAGGUUUUUAUUUGUUAAAAAUUAAAAAUAUCCAAUACAUUUUGUUCCACUUCACGUCCCACUUGUUGAUGAUUCUUGCCAAAAAAAAAUAUAUAUAUUUUAUCUUUAUAUUUGAAGCCUGUAUUGUGGCGAAAGGUUGAAAAGUUCAAGGGGGCCGAAUACUUUCACAAGGCAAUGUAACUGAAUCCCCAUAUUGAGGUCAGGCUGUCUGAAAUGUAGAGUUAUUUCUAUAUACUCCAAACUUGGUCUGGCCUCUUUUUCUAUGAAUUACCGCAUCACUGCAUCGUGGGAAUGACGAGUGUAAUGGAAGCCCGAGUUGCUUUGAUAGCUGCCCUCAGGUCAUCUGGGACGUUGGGUCAUUGUUGGGUCUGGUGUCUCUUAUCUCCUGCUUAACAAGAGACCAUAGAUUUUGAACUAUUUUUUUUAAUGGGCUUUAGCCUGGAGGUGGGGUGAGGAGGUCAGAGGGGUCGGGUUCCUGGCCAGUCAAGCACAGUAACACUAUGCUAAAUGAACCAGCUUUUGGUACUUUUGGCAAGUGCCAAGUCCUGCUGGAAAAGAAGUUCCUGGUAGACUGCUGAAUUGACUGUCAGUUUGAAAUUGAUGUCAAUGCACCCCAAGUCGUCACUGACUGUGAAAACGUGAAGGAAUGUGGAUUCUGUGCCUCCCCACUCUUCCUCCACACCCUGGGGCCUUAAUUUCCAAAUGAAAUGCAAAAUUAACUUUCAUUUAAAAAGAGGACUUUGACUCUUUCGCUCAUAAUCGCAGGUAAAUUGCUUAUUUUGUUUCUGGUUCAGGACUCAGGAGUGGCUUGACAUGAGGAAUUUGCUCCCAGAAAUUCUUGAAUGUAUUUUGCUUGACAAUCCUCUCAAGGCAGGCGGUAUCCCUGUUGCUGGUGCACUUUUUCCCUACCAUGUUAUCUAUCUUUCCACUCAAUUUUCUGUUAAUAUGCUUGGAUACAGCACUCAGCAAAAAAAAAUAAAAUAAAAUACAAAGGAGUUCUUAACCUCCUUUUGUGAAGGGUGGAAACUGGCAACGAGCGGCUUAUGAGUAUCUGUCAAAUCAGCUGUCUACCCCAUGCUUCUGUAGUUACUGACCCAGCCAGAGAAUGUUUAAAGGCUCAGAAAACCUUGGUAGGCGUCUUGAGUUAGUUGAUUUAGGAUGUGACACCAUGAGUUCCCGAUAUUGAGUCUAAUUCUCUGAAGACACUGAAUCUUGGGGUUCCAUUGUCCGUAAGCAAUCUAUUUUUUGUCACACUUCUCCUCACUGGAGUACUGGGCAAGCAUGAGCCUAUCCCACCUGAUUCUGGGCAAGAGGCGGGGUUCACCCUGAAGUGGUUCCCAGCCAAUCGCAGGGUUUCUGAGAAUCAACCAUUUUCACUCACAUUUACAUGUAUGGGCGAUUUCAAGUUUUCAAUUAACCUACAAUGCUUGUUUUGGGGAUGUGGGAAGGAACCAGAGUACCUGGAGAAAACCCACGCAGGCGCUGGGAGGACAUGCAAAGUCCACAUGGGGUGUGGGCACAGUUGCCUACCGUGCUGCCCUAUCUGUAAGCUAUAAUCAGUAAAAUUACAAGAAGCAUUGGGUUGAAGUAUUUGUGUAAUAUGUUUCAUUUUCUGAAAUGACUGACAUGAUACAGAACUACUUUUUUUUUUUUUUUACAUUUUUAUAUGUACAAGGCAGAGGGAGAGGAAGCAACUCCCCCAAAGAUACUGCAAUCUUAUACAGCCCCCUCCAAAAGUAUUGGAUCGGCAAGGUGAACUCUUGGUUUUUUCGGAGACUGAAGACAUUUGGAUUUCCGAUCAAAUGAUGAAUAUGAGAGAAUUUCUUAAUUCCAGCUUUUGUACGUGUACAACAACUCAGGACUAAGCACCUUUUGUUUUAAGUCAACCACUUUAGUGUGAGUAAAAGUUUUGAAACAUAUAUUAUUAAAUUCACUUAAAAAGGUAACAACAUUUCAUAUUUGGUGGCAUGAGCCUUCCUUAUAGUAACUGCAUCAAGCCUGCGAGCCAUUGACUUCACGAGACGUUUGCAGUUUUCAUUUGAAAUGCUUUCCCGGGAUUUUACUGCAACCGCUUUCUGGGAGUUUUUCCCUUCAGUCUCUUCUUCAGGAGGUAAAAUGCAUGCUCAGUUUGGUUGUGUUAUGGUUGAACACUUAACCUGGCCAGUCUAAGACCAUUGACUUUUUCACCCUGAUGAAGUGCUUUGUUGUGCUGGCUUUGUGUUUUGGAUCACUUGUCUUGUUGCAUGAUGAAGCGUCUUCUGAUUAGUUUGGAUGCAUUUAUCUCUCCAAGCUUCAAAAUGCUGUGCUCUUUUCCCAGAGACAGUGCUAGUCUUCAUGUUUGCUUAACAGCAAAUGCAGUUUUCAGAAUGAAACUCAAAGCCAAAAACAACCAAAUGUAAGAAAUUCAUAUCAAAGGCAACACCUGAGCAACUAGAAACACCCCUCAGUCACGUCUUCCACUACGUUUGCUCAUCUGAAAACUGGGUUACUUCAAAACAAAAGCUGCUGCGUCCCGAGUUAUUUAACACACCUAGACAUAAAUACUAUGAAAUAAAAGCUGUGAUUCUGAACUUUUGUCUAAUAUUUAAUCUUAUCAUUCAAAACUCAAAUGUCUUCAAUAUACAUCAAAAAGGAAUUGAGCUUGCUGUUCCAAUACUUUUGGACAGGGCUGUAUGCUGUUUUUAUGACAGCAACAGCUAACUGCUAAAUUUUGUUUAUACAGAUGUAUUUGCCACUUUGUGUUAGUGGAUACAGGUUGUGAAAGUUGAUUCUGACACCCUAAAUGUAGUAGUGCACCCUAAAAAAGUCGAAUCAUAUAUCAUCUACAUCACAGUAGAAAAUAUUGAGGAAAUGACAGGCUUAUUUUUGCAAUAGUUUAUUAAGAUGCUUGUGCUGUUAAUGGGAGUUCACUCAAGGCUUUCAUUUUGAGUAAAGCUUUGAAGAGAUCAGUAGUUUUUUUUUUCGUUUUUGUUCCUCUCUCUUGUAUUAGUUUAGGAAGCUAGAUCUAGUAACCCAUUCUGCAGUUUUGUGAUCUAUGCAAUAUUUAGACAACUGUUACUUCACUGGAAGAACGAGGCAAUUUAAUCAGUGACUUUUCUAGGUCAUAGUCAUGGUGCUGUUGAGUCAUGAAUGAGUUUUGUUUUUGGGGAAUGUCUUAAUUGUUGCUCAAUUAAAGUAUUUUUGCAAAUGUUCUUCCAAAGAAAUGAAUGCUUUUUUUCUUUGUUAACCCUUUCCGGGCAGGGGUUGCAAAUUUGCAACAGGUUUCAUAUCAUCGAAAAUUUUAAGUCCAGAGUAUCAUUUUCUGAAAGUAUCAGAUUUUUCUCUCUGCACAAUUUUAUUGGGUCCAGACAGGUUUAAAACACUGGCUGUUAAAUGGUUGAAUAUUUUAUAGAACCUGUCAAAGCAAUAUGGUCCUUUGUCUUUUUUUCAAAUUCAGCUGCCAAACACUGAUUUCAAAACACAAUGCACAAUCCCCUUAAAUGUUUCAUUGUUAAAAGAAUUCAAUUUUGUUUUCUUUGAAAGCCAAAAAUAUAUUUCGCUAAUGAUAACAAGAAUGGAUAUUACCAUUUCAUCACCUACUUUGGGUACUCAUCCGUUUUGACUCACUAGGGCUCACUUAAUAUGUUCACAAAAGCCUUUGUGGCCAAAUGUUAUCAAAUUUACAAUUAAAAAGAUGUGUUCUGCAUUGUAAUACAGUGGACCCCUGCAUGUCUGCGAUUCCUGUGGAUUCUUUUAUUUUUCUUCUUUCUGAAGGAAACCAACCCUGAAAGCAAUUUUUUGGGGAGUUGAACGGUGGUUAUUGGAUUUUUUUUCCAUGAAAUUACAACAGAUUUUCAUUAUUCACUGUCCGGCCUAGCCUCUAAACACGUAGAAGAGUGUGGGGGGUCCACUGUUAACAAGUGGGGGGAGGAAAAAAGUUUGUUCUGGUCAAUUACUGUCAUAUAUUUUAUUAGCUCCUAUUUAAAUGAACUAUACAUUAGGAACAGCUCUCACUUUGACCAAGGUCAUUGUGGAUUACCCAAGCACAUAGUGAGAUAUACUUGUGUAUAGACUGUAUAUUAUAUACACAUACAUGUGUAUAUGUAUAUAUAUGCACACACACACACACAUAUAUAUAUAUAUAUUAUAUACAUACAUAUACAUGUAUACACAUGUAUAUGCAUACAUAUGUAGAUAUAUACAUAUAUCUGUAUAUACACCCAUCUUUUGAUCGUUAGAUGGAUAUACAGUGGAACCUCAAUAAAACAAGACACUAAUACAACGGAUAUCAGAUCAAACGGAACGUUGGGACUGAAACGUGUCCAAAAAUAGUCCCUUAAAAUGCUAUUAAAGUAAAGUUCCAGAGUUGGCCGCUGCUGUGGCUUUAUGUAGACAGGCAGGGAACCGGGACCAAAUGACUACACUCCAAAAGAGACGCUUCCUCUCACUUUGUGGUGGCCAAGUUGAAUAUAGUUGAAUUGACAUAGUACCCAUGUGAUAGUUUUAUCUCUUGUGGAUAGAGUGACGAGAGGGGCAUGACUGACGAAUACUUAAAUAUUUGGAGUCAUAAACAUGCUAUUUUGGUACAGCAAUUUAACACUUAAUUCUUCACAGCUCAUGAAAACAGCUUGCUGAUGAUGAGCACAGUGUACUGUAUAGCAACAAUAUCUCCAUCAACAAACACACCAGGGUAGUAAGCAUGGAUAGAACAUGAAACAUUUGAUCCUUUUUUUUUAAAGUUAAUUUAUAAUAAUUUGUACUGUACUGGGCAUUUUAGGCUCCAAAAUAAUCUACCAAACAAUGUUGUAUUGUACAGUAAUAUGGGUGCAUAUGGCCUUAAAGAAGUGCUUCUGUUUAACGGGCAAUCGGCCUCAUCGGAUUACCUAUCCUCCCCUUAUUCGUCCUAUCAAGGUUCCACUGCAUAUAUAAUUUCAAAUUUCUAAGAUGAUCUGGACAACUAGAAACAUUCUUAAAGAGUAAACUGCAAUUUCCAGGUUGUAGUAAAUACAACAAAUGCCAUUUGUAUCAUCCAUGUUAAAUUACAGCCAUGAAUGUGUUGUAAGGAACUGGAAAAAUAACAGUUGGUAUUAAGUCAUCUGUACAACAAAACCAAUGCAAUCCUACCCCCUCCCCCCCAAAUCCCAAAGUUACUUAAAUGAAAAGUAUUUCCACAAUGAUACGUGAAAUUCAUUGUUCACUGAGAACAGUACAGCUAAAGGAGACAGAGACAAGUGCGGUGUCGUUCACCCCCUGUCAUAAUGAGAAGUCGAGGUUACGGUCCUGUGAGG